CACCGACACACUGGCCUGGGGGCAGCAGUACCAAUGCACACAGUGCACGCCCCCGAUGUGCAAUGUGCAGAGCAAAACAAACCCACACACACACUGAGCGACAGAACAGCCGGGGUGCAGCUUCCGCCCCCUCCAUCACCCCGUCUGAUUCUUUUCCUGCUGCCUUUUUCCAUCCACUUUACCAGGUCUCCUGUCCUGUUAGAGACGAUCCACCGCAGCAGCCUUUCGCCACAAUGACUGUUAGACUACCGUGCAUAUUUGCCACAGCGACACUUGCAAUCCUGUCGUUGUUUACUUGCUUUUAUGUGUUUGUCUCACUGCAGGAGGUGAAGGACCAAGCCGGUGCUGCUGCAGCCCCCACUCGGGCCCCUCUCCUACCGAGGAAGAAUGCCGGGAGCCUGUCUGCUGCGUGGGUGGCUUAUCCUGGGCCUCCUGCUGUGCCUAGCAGGGGCCACGGGGUCCAGGAGGGUCUCCAAAGUCACCCGCUGUCCAUCAAGCUGCUACUGCACUAAGGACAGUGCCUUCUGCAUGGAGGCCAAAGCCAUUCCCAGGAAUUUCCCUCCAGGGAUUGUCUCCCUGACCAUGGUGAAUGCAGCAUUCAGUGAGAUCUCUGAGGGAGCCUUCUCCCACUUACACCUGCUCCAGUUCCUGCUACUCAACUCCAACAAGUUCACCAUGAUUGCCAAUGAUGCCUUUGCAGGUCUCACACACCUGCAAUACCUGUUCAUUGAGAACAAUGACAUCCAGGCACUGUCCAAGCAUGCCUUCAGAGGGCUCAAAGCCCUUGCUCACCUAUCCCUGUCCAAUAACAACCUGCAAAUCCUGCCCCGGGAUCUUUUCAGACACCUAGACAUUCUGACUGAUCUAGACCUGCGGGGGAAUACACUUCACUGUGACUGCAAGAUAAAGUGGCUGCUGGAGUGGAUGAGUGGCACUAAUACAUCAGUACUGCCCGUGUACUGUGCCAGUCCACCUAAGCUCCAGGGCCACCAGCUCCACGACCUCUCGGUGCAGGACUUCUAUUGCAUCAGUUCAGACUUUGUGGUGCACGAAACCUUCCAAUUCCACGCAGUAUCAGUGGAAUCCUACAGCUUCAAUGGAGAUGUGUUUGUGGUCUUUGCCCAGCCUUACACAGGAAUCUGCAUGCUGUAUGUGUGGGACCACACGGACAUGGUCUUCAGGAAACACUACAACAUCACCUCUCGCUCUGCUGUAUACUGCAAGCCUUUGGUGAUUGAGAAGACGGUCUACAUGGUGGUGGCACAGCUUUUUGGAGGAUCUCACAUCUAUAAGUGGGAGGAGGUACCCCAGCGCUUUAUGAAAAUUCAGGACAUUGACACUGCCCGUGUCCUUAAGCCUAAUCAUGUGGAGGCCUUCCAUCUUGAGGACAAUUGGUUCUUUGCUGUGGCUGACAGCUCCAAGGCUGGACUGACCACACUCUACCGCUGGAACAGCAAUGGUUUUUACUCUUAUCAGUCGCUACACCCCUGGCACCGUGAUACCCAUGUGGAGUUCUUGGAGGUGGAUGGUAUUCCUUGGCUUAUCUUAUCCAGCGCCUCCCAGCCCCCCGUUGUUUACCAGUGGAACCACGUGCAGAGGCAGUUUACUCUCCAUGGCCACCUACUUGAUGCCAUUGAUGUGUGGAUGGUGAAGCACUUCUAUGCCAACGGGGUCCUCCAUCUCUGCCUCAUCCGCUUCAUCGGUGACUCCAGGGUGAUGCGCUGGGAGGGUCAGCAGUUUGUGGAGGUGCAGGUGCUUCCUUCACGGGGCUCUAAAGUUGCACUGCCCUUUUCUGUUGAAGGCCGCCUCUACCUGGCCAUGGGCAGCGACUACUCUUUCUCAAGGGUGUAUUUGUGGGAUGAAGCUGCUCAGCGCUUCCAACCCUUCCAAGAACUCAAUGUGAGGGGUCCCAGGGCGUUCAGCCUGCUCUCUGUAGACAACAGUGACAUCCUGCUAGUCGCCAGCUUCAAGGGAAACACCUUAGCCUACCAGCACCUGUUGCUGGACCUCAGUGCCAAGUAGGGGAGAAUUUAUUACCAGUGUUGGUGUGGUGUAUGAGUAUGAAUGUGUACUUCAUGAAUGUAUGUUUGCAGGCAGAUAAAGGAUACACUUUUGUUUUUGCAUUGAUCUCAGAUCACAGAAAGAUGAUUCUCUUGUUGCACAGAAUGAGUUCAGCAGUUGUUCACUCAGGUCAGCCAGUCCUGGCCUGUGGCUGUAUAAGUCUUACCCACAGAUAGCGACAAACUGUUGCAGGUUGCUACAAUAAUUACAUGUGCUUGCAGCUCCUCUAGGUGGUGCUACUCCUACAGCGUAAAGCUGCCUGGUCUGAGAUGUCUACCAUGGGGAACCCCUGUAUAAGAAAUGCAAGACUUCUAACUGCAUGAUAAGAAAUGUGUUAUGUAAUUUGUUCAUGUCAUGUACAGCAUCAUUUAACUAAAGCAAAUAGCUUGAAUCUAUUAAAAUAUAAUUUGACAAAUUGCAGUCAUUUCAACUAAUUUCCUUUUGAUUGAUAAGUUGUUAAAAAAAAAAGACCAGCACUUUUUUUGCUUGAUGAAUGUUUUGAGUCACAUUAUGGAAUUAUAUGUGUUUAACCUUAAUUGCCGGUAUGCUUUUACAGCAUCAGCUGUACCCUUACCUGAACUUAACUAAAAAUGCAUCAUGAGCCAUGUACAAGGCCCUGUGGAACCCAUCAAAGAGUUUUCUGUAUUUCCUGCUCUGGUUUCUUUUCCUUAAUGUCCUUGAGAUGUAAAGUGAAAUAAAUACUGUGGGAAGGUUUGUAAAUUAAAAUACUGCUUAUAUCAACAGAACACUCUGUUUAUAUACAUUUUGCUAUGUAGGAAGUUUUGAUUUGCUUCUGUUUGUUAGUGUGGGGGGGGCUUUGCCAGGUCCUGCUCUCCAGUAGGUCUGGGGUUCAAGUCCU